UGUGAAUGAAUCCAUGAAUAGCAGCCUAAGGUGGCUGACUCUCGGAUUAGCUAGCGCCGAGGCCAGCCCUGGCCCUUUCUCUACUUCCACUUCAGAAGGUAUACCCCGUUAUACCCCCCCAAGGUUGUAGUUCGGUGAACAAUCUUUUCUUCACUGUCCUUCCUCGUCGUGCUCAACGAUGGCGAGAGCACCUCUUGGCUCAUACCUUAUGUUAUGUCUUCUCCUUUUCUCGUCUGUCCUUUUUCAGGUGUCGGCAGCUCAGUCUACGAAUGUGACCACUGCAACUAGCGGUACACCUUCUCCAACCGUCUCCGCAAAUGUUACAACCUUUUUGACUACUAGCUCCUACACAUUGACAACCGUCAGUCACUCAGGGAAUAUCGCUACCACCAUUACCACCGUUCUACCCACCGUAUACAAUGCAACUAGCACUAUACAGGCUUCUGCUGCAAAUUCAACCUCCUCCGCCUCACCCACCCCGACUCCCAUCAUCCUAGCCACUAGAAUAUCCCCAGCUUUUGGUGUCUUGGGAGCGAUCCUCAUCAUAACAGGGUUACCAAGUGCGUUUUGGGGUCACAAGAAUAGAUGGACUUCUUUUUUCCUCAUUGGUUUCUACACCCUAUCAUUGGUCUGUUUCGUUCUCAUCGUCAAGUUCGGCAUUCUUCCCGCGAUCAACCCACCGAACAACACACUCCAAGGGAUGUUCGUUUUAGCCUCCGCUGUUGCUGGUGUCAUGGGCGGCGCGUUCACAAUCUUCUUCUGGAAGGCCACCAAAUACUUUAUUGGCGCGUGGGGAGGUUUCGCAUUCGGACUAUGGAUACAAUGCUUCAGAAAUGGCGGUCUUAUUACCCCUGUUGGGAUGAGAUGGAUCCUGUACAUAGCAUGCAGCGUGGUUGCCUUUGUCCUCUGCACAAUACCCAAGCUACAUUGGCACAUGCUCCUGGUCGCAACUGCCUUCGUUGGCUCCUCCGCCUUUAUGCUCGGCGUAGAUUGCUACACGACAGCUGGCUUAAAAGAGUUCUACGUCUGGAAUUUAGGUUUCACCACCCUCUUCCCCAAGUACGUUAACAACGGCAUUGCGUUUCCCGUAACCCAGACAAUGGAGAUCGAACUUGGACUCAUUGGUGCUAUCGCUCUUAUGGGCGGCGCCGUUCAGCUCCGCAUCCUCCGGGUUUUGCAGCGCAAACUUAGGGAAAUUGCUGAGGAAGAAAAGAAGCGAGAUGAAGAGGCCGAACUAAAUGCUUCCGGCAGAUUCGCAGAGCUCUCAAAGGAACAGCAGGAAUGGGAGCGCGAUCAUCCAUCACUUGGAAAGCAUGCCCGGGAGGGCAGUGGCUACUCUGGGACACCCCUGAUGAACGACUUCCCGUCCAGGGGUUCUCAGGAGGGGCGGGCUUCGACCUUCACGUUGGUUGGCGGGCGCGGUCGUUACACAUCGGGAGUAUCCGACUUCAUGGCCGCUCCUACCCCUGAUGAAGAUAUUAAGCGGGUUGUACGAGAUGUUCAAGCGCCCGGUGUCUUGCCUGCACUUGAUCUUGGUCUUGGCAUUCAACAGGAUGUCCCUUCUGGGUUCAUUACUGAUAACGAUCCUGACAGCAGCGACACUAAACACAGCGAUGUGCGGAAAACUGCUAUUUCAGCGGAGUUGGAAGAUCUCCAUCGCAAGGAGGAGCUUCUUGCCGAAAUUCAAACCAUCAGACGCUCCAUCGAUGCACUCAGAUCGGAGACGCCUGGCCCUGACUCGGACGACUCCCGCUCUCGUCGUAUCUCUCUGACCUCUCGUCGCACCCUCAGCUACGACCUUGAUAAUGCUAUUGCCCCACGUCCACACACUCGCCCACCCAGACAGCCAGAUCCACGCGGUCGUGUGCACUCCUUGGAACUUUCCAAGCUUAUAGAUACGCCUCCGCUUGGUGCAUCCAUUGGCCGUCCUACAAGCGUUCCUCUGCGCGAUGAUGACUGGGAUUCGUAUGUUCAUGACCGUAAGCUCGUACAACCACCAGCUGGGGUCACUGCACCCAUCCCAACGAGCCGUGUAUCCACGACGGGAUCGCUAUCUGCACAACAACGCCUACCUGUCCCGCCAGCUGUCACUGAAGCCCUCUCCCAACGGAAACGCCGUGAGAGCUUGUUGGAUCCUGGCGUUGGUCCAGACACAAGCGCGAAAGAUACGUCUGAUGAGGAUGCGCCUAUUGCCACGCUUGCAACAGCCCGUGCUCAGACCAGGAAGCCCAAACCAUAUUUCAACGGCACGAUUCCAGCUGUGUUAUUAUCCUCACAAUCUCCUGCAGCUGCUGCACCGCCUCCUCAACGUUAUACUCCUGCCAUUUUUUCCAGGACGCCAUUGUCACCUGAGCCCGAGCGAAGCAACAUACCGAUCGUCCUCCCUCCCACUCGACCAUUGAAGGCUGCGCCUGUUGAGCCCCCCAGCAAUGUUCCCAUCAUCAUUCCUCGCGGACAAAGCGCGAUGAUCGCAGCGCCAGUUGCCAGACCAGCAGAACCUCAGCGUAUUGCAACGUUUGAGGAACUCGAGGAACGACAUCGGGAAAAGAUGCGGGGCCUUCAAGCUCCACUCACGGAGGCUGCGAAACAAAAUGCGGAGGUCGAAGCCGCCAAGCGCCGCUGGGAGCGUUCAAAGGCAGUGGAGCGGGAAGCAGUGAACAGACGGCAGGCUGAGAAGGCCGCAGAGCUUGCACGAGAAGAGAAGGAGAAAUUGCGACGCAAGUCUGAGGACGGUCUUGGCAAGACGGGACCCGAGGAGGAGAAGAACCCAGAACGUCGACCCAGGGGCAUAAGCGCUGACAAGCUUGCUGCGAUGGGCGGUGCCAACAACUCAUCGAAACGUCAAUCGGUCUUGAGGGUGGAGGAUUGGCAGCGACAUCAGCAGGAUGUAGAGCUUGGAGUUCGCCCCGAACGCCCCGGCGCAAAGCGAGAGUCUCGUGUGAUGAAGACCGAGACCAACGCGACUGUUCCAUUCCCUGGUCAGAAUCGUCCUCGAGACUUGGCGAUGGACAGACGUCGCUCUACUGGGUUCCCUCGUGAUCCUCCAAGUUGAGUGGGCUGAGAUGGUGUUAGAUGUCAGGUGCAGGCGCAGCACGUCACUCGUUUUCCUAAACCACAUUGGACAUUCGGCUUCAUGAUGGACAUAUUUUUCCACCUGUCGUUUCAUUAGGGUCUUCACAUGUCUCUCCCCUGCCUGCUGCAAGUUCGACAUUAAUAUUGGUUUCUUAUCGUCAAUCCACUUUCUUGCAUUAUGUAGGACUAUUGUAAUACAUAUCGCACGACGUGCGUAUGUUUUGUAGGUAGCUGCAUACAAUUCAUGGGGUAUCUGAAAUUGGCU